AACACUGCGGUUUUGACGUUAUUUUUCUGUUAGCGUAAGUUAGCAGAAUUCUGGCAGGAUUUUAGUGUCGUAUAAAUUCGUUAACAAUAAGAAUAACUGAAAUGAAUUCCAUUGCUGAAGAAGCUUGGUUUUUAAGAGAAUCCAAGAAACAUAAUCAAUUGGAUAUUUAUCAAGCACGUAGCUGGUUGUUGACUGCGAAAUGUAUGUUUCCUUUAAACUUUGACGUUCAGAUGCAAGAAUAUGAACUUGAGUUAAGCAAUAGAAAUCUAGAAGAAUGUGCAAAAGUUCUCAAUGAAAUAUUUCGUGAUUUUGUAUCAGAGACCAAACUGUGGGAAGAAAUUGAACUACUGAUUCACUCUGUGGAAACAUCAACUAAUAAUAUUAGAGCAGAAAUAUUUGAAAAGCUGCCUUCUUUGACACAGCAAAGAAUGAUAAUCAGCAGUGCGGAGCGACGAGUUAACAUCACACAAUAUUGCAGACUAAUUGUACUGCUUAUGAAAAAAUUUCCAGAAACAACCUCAAAAUAUGGAAUAUUACUUGCAGAAAAGCUUGUUGAAACAGAAAAGAGAGACAUAGAAUUAACGCCUGUCAAUCACUGUCGUAAAUUGCUUGUCCGGGAAGUCUUACCCGUAAUUUGUCGCAAUGGGGAUGUAGGUGUUUCUCAUCGACAUUUCUACAAAUGGCUGCAGAAGUCAACCGAAUUUUAUGCUGUGUAUUUUACUAAUUCAACUGAGUGUGACCGCAAUGUAUCCUGGAGUGAAUUGGAAGAAUUGCGAUCUGCCAUGGCUGGGUAUUGUAAUUGGGCAGCAGAUCCUAACAAAGGGACUUUGCUUGUUGAUCGAUCUUCUUUUAUAAAAGAUUUAUUUCGAAGAAGUAGAACAGACAUAGAAGAUACUAUAAAUCGAAAACAAAUUUUUUACACAACUAUUAUUCUGCUCAUGGAGUCAUCAUCCAAACACAUGCAACUGCUGGAAUCACAGAUCCGCACAGACAGUGAGGAAUGUUCACCAUACAUUUUGAUUGAAUGUCUGGAUCCAGACAUGUCUGCAAGUGCAGAAUCAUCUGUAAAACAAAGUCAGGAGCUAAGGGAAACGUUUCAUGUUGCAAAAGAUGCAUGGGUAAUUUUACAUUCUAAUGAAACAUUUGAAAAAGACUUUCAUCAUUUGGCACGAAGAUGGAAAUGUGAAAAAUGGUUUUGGCUACAACUAUUUCUUAUUGAACUACAAACAUAUGAAGGAAAUUAUAAGGCCGUUAUGACUCGUCUUAUGACUUUGCAACAAAAGACAGAUAUCAUGUCAAACUCUACCAUUCAACGUUUAUUUACUCAUUUAGUAUCAACAUGCUUCGCACUUGGUCAACUAAAUGAAUCUUGUAGUUACAUCUUUAAAAGUCUACCUUUGUUUCCACUUAGUUCCAAGACAAGAAAAAUUGGUUUUGUUACAAACUUGCUACACCCCACAAAAAAUGUAAAUCCUUCAUUUGAGUUAAUUAACCCUACCAAACCAGUUCAACGAAAACUGAGAUUGGAAAAACUCACCUUUGAAAAUCUUAUAUCAUUCUGGGUUCAAAUAUUUUUGAGCAAUUUAAAAACAAAGUUUGAAUUUGUUGACAAUGAUAUUAUUCUUGGACACGCACUUGUUUUCAGUCAGCAUGACUGGCCAAAAUGGAAGCAGGAUGCUUAUUCGGUCCUUAGAAAAAUUGAGCAAAAGGGACUGUUUAACUUUAGUCCAUUUUGUAAAUACAUUAUAAACAUGCCCAUUAUAGAAGAAAUUGCUUAUUUAAAGAAAGAAAAAGGUUGUAAAAUAAGCUUAGAAUCCAAUUUGCCAACUCGUGUACAUGUGACCAGAGGAGCUAAUCGAGAAGUGGAAGAUGAUUUCUGGAAUUCUAUAAAACGAAACGUUCAAAGGAGUUGCGAAAGUGUUGAUUCUCUGUUGAGAGAAUAUUUAAUUUCCUGUCAAAAUUCAUUAACUACCUGUUUGUCAUCAACAGAACAGUAAAUCGCUCAAACUUAAAUGUGCAGACAACACACGCACACUUAUCAUCAUUGCUAAAUAACAAAAUGUAUUUAAAGAUAUAGUUGUUUAAAUGUGAUCCACAUUUUCUUGAUGUGUAUUUAUAUUUUGGUACACUUUCUGAGUAUUUGAAUCUGCUUUUUUUGACAUCUUUUGUCUAGCUUAGUUGUGCUUUCAAAAGUUUCGAACAGAGUUUUAUUUUAUGAGUAUCUAAAAACCACAUUCAAAUUUACA